AUGGCACAGGCACCAAAGGGAACCAUCGCGGCCGGUCAUCAGCUUACGGCCGAUGCAGGGGCUGAAAUGUUGCGUGAGGGCGGCAACGCCUUUGAUGCCGCAAUAGCCGCACUGGCGAUGGCUUGUGUGUGCGAACCGGUUCUGGCGUCACCGGGCGGUGGCGGAUUUGCCAUGAUUCGCGAUGGGCAGAGCGGAAGGACCACGCUGCUCGACUUUUUCCCGCAAACCCCGAAACAAAAACGUGGCAAUUGUUCCAACGGGUUUCACAGUAUUACCGCCGAUUUCGGGUCGGCCACGCAGGUUUUUCACAUCGGGCCUGCAACGGUUGCCGUGCCGGGAUUUUUCGCGGGUCUGACAGCGCUUCAUGAAAACGGCGGGACAUUGCCUCUGGCGGAUCUGUUCGCACCCGCAAUAGACGCUGGAAAAUCCGGGCAUCGCGUCACCGGAUAUCAGCAUUAUCUGUCGACGGUGGUCCGGCCGAUACUGACUGCAACUCCGGCCGCACAAAACCUUUUUGCGCCUUCCGGAGAACUGCCGGCUGUCAAUUCGCUUUUCUACAAUCCCGGGCUCGCCAAUCUGUAUUGCGAAUUGGCGCGCACGGACUGGCUGCAAACCGGCAUCGCAGAUCAAUUGCUGACAGAGCAAAGCGAUGGCGGCCACUUGAGCCGUGAAGAUCUGGAAUCCUAUGAAGUGGUCGCCAGAGAACCGCUUGCCGUUGCUCUGGGCGGAGCAGAUGUUUUCCUGAACCCGCCACCCGCAGCCUGCGGGGUACUGAUCCGAUACGCACUCGCCCGUCUUGAUGGCUGCGAUUUGCCGGCUUUCGCAAGAGCACUUCACUUGACCGACCAGGCGCGGCUGUCAGCCUGCGGAGACCUCGGCAGGCUUCUGGACCGUCCCUUGCGCCAGAAGGGAACAACUCACAUUUCAGCCGUGGAUGCUGAGGGAAAUGCCUGUUCGGUCACCGUUUCCAACGGGACCGGAAACGGCGAGGUUGUGGGCGGCUAUGGGUUCAUGCUGAACAACAUUCUCGGAGAAGAGGAUGUGAACCCGCAUGGUUCAGCGGACUGGCCCACGGAUACCAGGCUUGCAUCCAUGAUGUGUCCGGCCCUGAUCGAUGCACCGGGUGGUCGUUUGGUAGCGCUCGGCUCGGGCGGGUCCAGCAGGAUCCGCUCGGCAAUCCUCCAGGUUGUCGCGCGCUUGUGCCUCGGAUCUGCCGAACUGGAAGAGGCUGUCCGCGCGCCGCGGCUGCAUAUCGAGAACGGGCACCUGGACGUUGAGGCAUUUGAUACUGAUAGCGGGAUAUCGCAACUGAAAGACCAUUUCCCCGACCAUCGCAUUUGGCCGGAAAAGAACAUGUUUUUCGGAGGAGUGCAUGCCGUUUCAACUGACGGCAACAGUGCGUUCGAGAGUGUUGGAGACAGUCGCAGGGAAGGCGCCGCGGUGAUCGUUGAGUGA